ACUUCCUUCGGCCCGGCCGGCGCCUGAGUGUUGUGUCAUGGCGGCCGGCUGAGGAGGGGCUGUUUCUCCCUCUGUCUCUCUCUGUCUCUGUCUCUGGGCUUCUCUUCGCGGCCAUGUCGGCGGUGGGCGAGGAGGCGCAGAAGUGGUCCUUGGCGGGCGAGGAGCCGCGCUUCUCCACGCCCACGCCGCCGCCCUCGCGCCUCGGGCUGGGCCUGGGCCUGGGCUGCAGCGCCGAGGAAGGCCCCGCCGGGCUGGACUUCGUCAGCGACUUCGGCUGCCACCUCUCCUCCUCCUCCUCCUGCCACCGCACAGACCCGCUCCGGCGCCUCCACGGGCACCGGUGGAACUUGACCUCGUGCGGCACAAGUGUCGCAAGUUCCGAAUGCAGCGAAGAACUUUUUUCUUCCGUUUCGGUCGGUGACCAGGACGAUUGUUUCUCCUUGUUGGACGACCAGGAAUUGACGUCUUUUGACUUGUUCCCAGAGGGGAGUGUCUGCAGCGAUGUCUCUUCCUCUAUCAGCACGUAUUGGGACUGGUCAGACAGCGAGUUUGAAUGGCAGUUGCCUGGCAGUGAUAUUGCAAGUGGUAGUGACGUUCUUUCCGACAUCAUACCCAGCAUCCCAAGCUCUCCUUGCCUGCUUCCAAAAAAGAAAAACAAACACAGGAAUCUUGAUGAGCUCCCAUGGAGUGCAAUGACUAACGAUGAACAGGUUGAAUAUAUUGAAUAUCUGAGUCGUAAAGUCAGCACAGAGAUGGGGCUUCGAGAGCAGCUGGAUAUUAUUAAAAUCAUUGAUCCCACUGCUCAGAUUUCUCCUACGGACAACGAGUUUAUUAUCGAACUCAAUUGCCUGACUGAUGAAAAACUGAAACAGGUCCGGAAUUACAUCAAGGAGCAUGGCCCUCGGCAGCGGUCAGCGCGGGAGAACUGGAAGCGGAGCGGCUACAGCUGCGGGAGUGCCAGCGGGGUCAGCGGGGCCAGCGCCAGCAGCAGCAGCGCCAGCAUGGUCAGCUCCGCCAGCAGCAGCGGUGGCUCUAGCGCAGGCCACUCAGGCUCCAACUCCAGCGCCAACAUGAGCCGGGCCCACAGCGACAGCAACCUCUCCGCCAGCGCCGCCGAACGCAUCCGGGAUUCAAAAAAACGUUCUAAGCAGCGCAAGCUCCAGCAAAAGGCUUUGCGGAAGAGGCAGCUGAAGGAGCAGCGGCAGGCCCGGAAGGAGCAGCUGAGCGGCUUGUUCCUCAACGAGGAAGUCCUCUCUCUCAAAGUGACUGAGGAGGACCACCAAGGAGACGUGGACGUUUUGAUGUGAGAGGGAGUCUGCGGAUAAUCCUUGUCUGCGUUCUUUCUAAGCCUUAAAACCUAUUCAUAUUUUUUUACGUAUGUAUGUCCAUACGUACGCCUAUUCCACACUUUCAGUCGGAGCUUGGACUCGCUGUUGCGUAUCUCCUACAUCGCUCUUUUUUUUUUGGUUAAUGUUGAAAAGAAUGGCUUAUUUUCCCCAAGUGAGAUAAGAAUUCGAUAGGGUAUUCUUUUUAAAAAAUCUAUCUAGGCUAAUCUAUUUUGUUUUCAAACAUUUGCAUAUUCUGUUUCUGGGAACAUUGUAGAAUGGAUAUGUUUCUUGGCUCGAAAGGUCUUUGCCUCCAGCUCAUUUAGGACUGUUUGCAGGAAUCACUAAUAUCGUUUCUCGUUUGCUGUUGGGAAUAUAUUAUCCAAGCAUUGUGCUGUAUGGAAAGCCCUUUUGAGGUAUCCUGUAGCCACCUAAUGAAUGCAUGACUUAGGAAAUGUCAGCAAAAUUCCAGUAUCUGCAACGCAUGGUGAUCUGUGGGGGUCUGUUGUCAAACAGGCACUUUUCUGCUUGUUAGGAAGUGCAAAAGCUAUUUGAGAGUGUUAGUCAGUGCUGAGCCUGGAGGGAAGGUCAUUGCAUUAUGAUGUGCAACCCUGAUUUAGUAUAAAGGAAUGGUAACAGCAUGCCUAGUAAAAAAAAAAAAUCCACAUUUUUCUCCCUGUGUGUAUAUGUUCUUGUGUUAACCUCUUUCCCGUAGUUUCAUGGUGCCUUAACAUUAUUUGAGAUGUUUAAAUGGUGAGAAAGAAGUGAUUAAAAGGAAAAGAAAGCAGAUCCUUCACAAAAAUGCUUAUUAUAUUAACCCAUUCACCUUUUGGAAAUAGAAAAAAACAACAACAACUAGCUGCCAUCUUAUGAUUUCCAAGUUAUGAUUAAAUACAACAUAAAAUACACCAUUAAAAUCCUACAUAAAUCAUUAAAAUGCUUCAUAUGUCAAUAAUGUGAUACACCCUUAAAAUACUCCAUAAGAUACUGCAUGGACUAGCACCUGCAUAAUUAAAAACCAGGUAAAACCAAGUAAAUUCAGCAUUAUUAAAACUUCAGCAGGGAAUACAUUGGAUAUAAACAGCCACUAUUAGUUAAAAGCAUCCCGAGAACGGUCGACUGCAAAAUCAGAAAUUAGGAUUUUCUGUGCUGCCAGGGCAAAAAGAGACACUUUGGGAGUAACCACAGGGUUAGUGUCAGCCAAGAAGUAGACAAUCUUUUCUGACACUGGUUUUGUUUGGAGGAGAUAAAGAAAGAGGCCCCAGGAUUUUAGUUCUUGAGAACAGAGAGGGAGGCAAAUCCUCAAUUUCCGGGGCCCCGCAAACACAUAAACAAAGAGUUGUGAAGACUUGCCUAAUUUUUGGAAAUGUGAGCUUAGUCAGGUGGAUAGCCCUAUCGUGGUCAAGAUUGUCCAGACUGAACCAGUGGGAAAAUUUGGAGUCAUUCACAGCCUGCCCUCUUGGUGUUUUGGACUUCAACUCCCACAAUUCCUAACAGCCUCGGGUCCCUUCCUUUUCACCCUCGGCAGCCUCAGGCCCUUUCCUUUCCCCCCUCAACCACUUAAGUGGCUGAGAAGGAAAAGGAAGGGACCUGAUGCUGUUAGGAAUUGUGGGAGUUGAAGUCCAAAACAUCAAGAGGGAGGGAGGGCCCAAGUUGGCCCAUGCCUGUUCUAGAAACUCUUUUUCAACCAGCUGCAAACCGAAGUCAAGGAUGUUACACUCCAAUUCUUUGUAUUUAUAAGAGCAUCAUCCUGACAUUUUAAAAAAUGUUUUCUUUGGUGUUUAUUAUUAUUUUUCUACAUGACGAUCAAAGAAAAUCUGUAAAGUUUUCCAGAAAAUAAUAAUAAUAUCUCUAUCAUAAAAUUGUAUAUGUAUAUAUAGGAAUGUAAAAUCCUUAUAAAGCCUGGUGAACAGUAGUUGUAGAAAAUCUUAGAGCGCAUUAUUUGGUAUGAACAACAACAAUAACAAGUCUAUUUACUCAUAUCUUCCUCCCUUUGGGCAGAGCGAUAGUUGAAAUACUCGCUAACCCCAUUAAUGGCCUUAUGGCUGUCACGUCAACACGACUUUGGAAGCAUUGGUUGCAUUCUUUGUUGUACUUUGCACAAAAUUUUGGACAAAAUUCCUAGAAACGAUGCAGGCCGUGAACGUGACUUGAGUUCUGGCCAUUGUAUUGGCCUGGAACACAUGACGCAGAAAGAAGAGAAAUGCGUGUUUCAAAUAGGUUUGCGACGUAGUUGUGAAUUGCUUCGUAACAGCCAGUGUUACCGGCGUCCUAAAGAUGACAUAUUUCUUAACCAAAGCAAAAUAGGAGAAUAUAAUUCAGAUGGUCUAAAAAAGAUAUAGAUAUAUAUAUAGAUAUAUAUAUAUAUAUUAAAUCUGGACUGUUUUUCCAGAAUUUCUGCUAAAGAAAUGUAUGCUGAAAUGCAGUUGUAAAUUCAACUGUUUACUGUACAUUCUGUAUCUACUUGCUAUAAUGUUAAUAGAAUAUUCCCCAUUUUUUCUUUCUCUUUUGAUGUUGUGAAGGAUUUAACACAUUGUUAUAAAAUAUUGGCAAACAUCUUACUCCCCCCCCCCCCAAGCUCUAAUUGUAUAUGAAGAUAGUCACACAAAUAUGGUAGUUUGGGAUGGCAUUAAAAACGAGGCAAACCUAAUGCAA